AUGGCCAUGGUCUCCUAUCCGGACACAGUUGAUCGCACGAACCCUCCUCCUCCACCCGCUUCGGCUUCGUCACGUCUUUCGCAUUCCAGUCGACGACAUCGUCAUGGCCGGUCACACCACGGUGGCUCCUCAUACACACCACAAAAUGAAUUCCCAGUUUUUGCGCAUACCGGGGAUGUCGAAAUAGUCAUCGCAGCCGGUGGUCAGGAGAAGCGGUACCUGCUACAUCGCCUCAUCUUAUCGCAAUGUUCCGGCUUUUUCGAGGCAAGCACGAGCGAAGAAUGGUCGCGUUAUCAGGCCCAGAUGGAGUCGGCGAGCGCUGCCAUCGAUUCCGAUCCGAGUUUGCAGAGCGUUGCCGAAGAUGGCUCCUCUAUCCUUUCACGCCGGGGUAGCGCACAGGGAUCUGCUACGCUACCGAAGCUGAGAUGGAGAUAUGAACUUGACUGGCAGCAUAGAGAGUCGGACGAAGAGCCGAUUCUCGUCCAAAAGCCCCCUUCAUCCGAUCCAGUAUUUGCAAUGCCGCCGUCAUAUUCCAAUCCACCACCGCAACCCAUCACGAAACCAGUCGCACCACGAGCCGGAUUCUUUCGAUCUGUAGCCAAUUUGACUGGGAUGCAGUCUGCUGUGCAUAUUCCCUCCAAUGCAGUGGUACCAGAUACACAAACGCAACCACUCAUACGCGACUACGACAAUCUGUUUCGAACAUUCUACAAUUUCACACCAAUCCUGAAUAGUGUGAAUAUUGCUACCGCCUAUUCGGAAUGCAAGGCUCUACUUGGUCUGGCAGACAUGUAUGAUGCCCUGGGGGUAGUGGGGUCUCGCAUCGAUCAUCAUCUGCUCCGGUUUUCAUCUCGAUUGUUCAAGCAGAUCGCAAAAUAUCCCCCGAGUUACCUCAAGUUGGGUUAUUUGGCCCGCAGCCGUGUCAUAUUCACCGAGGCUCUUGUACACGUGGUUGGACAAUGGCCAGCAGCGCAAGCCCAGCUCAACAAUGGCUCAUUUUCCCCAUUGCCUGAUACUGUUUUGGAUUUGAUUGAAGAUAAAGUUGACGACUUGGAAGAUUUAAAAGCUCGGGUUGACGCAAAGCUAUUUCGUCUUACAUUAACAACGUCUAGAGGCGAGCGCGUUAGUCCAUCAAAUGCGUACAUAGACUGGCUCGCAGUUUCUCUAUUCAGGCAGUGGUUUGUCGAGAACACAACGCCACCUCCAGCCCCUAUAUUGAAGAAUUCGUCAGGUGGGCAAGAAGGUCGUACUGUUUCCGCUCCACGACAUUCAGCCAGCACUGUUAUAUCUUCAGGUCGUGUCUAUAGGCUUAUUGGCUCAUCGUCGCCUGAGGCUUAUCUACCACAUGAUGAACUAAAGCGUUUUUUGAAGCUAAGAGCGUCAUCUGCAUCCGAAUCACUCUAUAACCGCGACAAUUUCAAACGAUUUGAGCGAAAGAUGGACGAAAUCAAGCGUUUGGCGCGAGAGGUAGUCAAACCGUUAAUGAGAAACUUCCUUGAGCUGGACCUCAAAGGUAGUGAUCACAAUGGAGGCUCGGGGGGAAGUGGAGUCGGGGAUGGCGGUAUUGGAGGCCUACCAUACUUGACUUGCACUCGAAUUGAGGAAGCAGAUCUCCCGUGGAGAUAA